AUGGACUGCCUCAAGAACAGUUUCGUCAAAGGCCAGCUUUUGGGGGGCCGAUUUCGCACGGUUGCUCCCUUGAACCAUGGAUCAUUUGGUAUGGUCUUCCUUGCGACCGAUAUCCAGACUGGUCAAGAUGUUGCCAUCAAAUGUCUGCUGAAGCCGUCGGGUGACGCCAUACUCCAGCCCUCUGCCGAUUUCCGUUUCGAGGAGCUCAACAGUCACCGGCGCCUUGGAUAUCAUCCCAACAUCGUCAACCUUAUCCAUUGUUUCGAAACCGAUGCGCACAUGUACCUUGUUCUGGAGUACUGCACGAACGGUGACUUGUACGAGGCUAUCAGACUCAACCGUGGACCCCUCGAAACCGAACAUGUUCGCGAUUUUAUGUUGCAACUCGUCAGCGCUGUCGAAUUCAUGCACGAGCAUGGCUUGUACCAUCGCGACAUCAAGCCCGAGAACAUCUUCUUGACCCAGGACGGGUCUAUGAAGCUUGGUGACUUGGGCCUGGUUACCCGCGAUGCCUGGAGCUACGAGGCCUGCGUUGGAAGUGAUCGUUAUAUGGCUCCGGAGCAGUAUGACCCUUCCACCAACGGUUACUCUCCGGCCAAGGCCGACAUCUGGGCGAUCGGUAUUUGCCUGCUCAAUGUUCUGUUCGCACGAAACCCAUUCGCAACGCCGACAGAAUCCGACGUGCUGUUCGCGGACUACGUUCGGGAUCGUCAAUCUCUUUUCGAUAUCUUCACCAACAUGUCCCAGGACACCUUUGAGAUAUUGAGAUAUGCAUUGGCCAUUGAUCCCGAAAAGCGCUCGCUCUCUGCCGUCCGCCACGCCAUUCUGCGCGCCGUUUCGUUCACCACGGAUGAUGAUGAAUUGGACGAGUUCUGCAUCGACGACCGCGAAGUGGUGCCUGCAAGCGCCAACCGCGAACCACUCCGCACGCCUUCCAUCUCGAGUCCUCAUAUCAACCAAGGCGAUUCUUUCCCCUGGGCCAAGGCUCUUCAAUCCAGCCCUCCCCAGGCUAUCCGUCAACUCUCCGCCAUCCCGGACAACGAAAGCUACACGGAGGAUCUCUUCCCCGCGUCCGAGACUGCCGGCACCUCUUGGUUCUCCGUUCAUCAAGGGACCCCAUCGAUGGCCUCUGUUCUUGAAUCUGCUCUCGGUGAUUCAUUCCGUUCGACCGCUCUUCGCAAGCCCGAGCCCCGAUUUCCCCCUCCCUCCGACCCAGUCCCUAUUACCGGGUCGCUGCCCAGUCAUGCGACGAAGCCUCUUCCGUCGUUGUCCAUGGUGUUCGGCCGCAACAAGCAAGACCAGAUCUCGAAGAGCUGGAGCGACCUGUGGGAUGAAGAGGAAGAAUCCGAGGGCGAAGAUGUUGCGCUCCAGCAACGACGUGAACAGAACUCUCGCAGCUGGAGCCACGAGAGCAUGACUCCUGAGCUUUCGGGCCCCCUGCGUAGCCUUGGAGAUGUUCGCAGCUCUCCGAUCCUGAAUGUUCGCGCUCAGAACCUUGACGAGCCAGACAUGGAAUCCGACGAGUUCGACGAGAAGCCAAUCCAAGUCAAGCCUGGAGUAACUCCUCUGGUGACCCCGCCUCAGUCCCCGGACAGCUCCCCCAAGAAGGGCAACCUCGACAAAUGGGCUGCGUUGGGCGACAAGCGAAGGAACUACAAAUCGCCCAGCGUUCCUUUCGGACAUAAGACAUUCCCGACCAACAUGGCCUGGCGAAAGGAUUGGGGUCUCGGCUCUUCGGGCUUUGACUAUGGCUCUUGGGCCAAGAAGGAUGCGGGACCUGUCCAUGGCCGCCGCCGCCGCCCCUUCCUGGAGAAGGGCUGGCGUCGUGAUGCCAUGGAGUCGCCCAAAUACAACGUGAAGCCCUUCAAUAGCUACGACGGUAGCGUCGACGAGGAUCUUGAUCUCGUCGGUGGCUGGCAUGACCUGCACCUCUAA